UACUGCUGAGGCUGUUAGGUUUGUUCCGUGUGGUCGCCAUUUUGUUCGUUUAAACCAGGCCCGGACCGUCGUCGACCAAUGCUCUUAUACGAAAACAGGUUUUAACAAGUCAUAUCCAUAUAAACUGGUAAUUUCUACGUUUUAUUUGUGUUAAUUAUGUAUUUAAGUAAAUGGUCUCGUACAUUUGCUAGGUAGCUAGCGUUAACGUCGGUAAUUGUCUUGAGUCGAGCAAAUGUUAGCUGACUUAGCUCAUAUAACUAGCUAGCGUUGUGAGAAUCUGAAUCUCAGUGAAAUCAUGAUAGUAUUACGUGAAAUCAAGUCAUGUCAUACUUCGGGACUUUCUAUCAAUUAUCAGUAGACUGAAAUGGUAGGAAAUAUGAGCUAUCAGGCUCGUCACAGCAAGUAAGGUUGUCUUAACGUGCUUCGUUUUCAUCGAAGCAAACUCGGCCUGUUGUGGAACGGUUCACUUUGUUAGCCAUUUAGCUACUUAACAUUUUAUGUAUGGCUUGUUGCUUUACCUAUAUUUUAGUAGCAUGUUAGAUCGAAUUAUUCAUUUCUAUUUUAAAGUAAACGUGGUGUGUGAAACAUGUUUAGUUAGCUACCUACAGCGGUUACUCUGAGAAACUCGAUGCAUAUCGUUGCUACAUUUGUCUUGUUUUUUUCAAGUAGAUCAAGUUAAUCAUGAGUAAUCGACCAGGUCUUUCAGGUUUCAUUUUAUCAUGUCAUGUUAUGAUAAUGUUUAAUGCAGAUUACAGAGGGUUUAAAGAAAAUGUCAUGCACAUGACUUCAAAGGCAAAACCUUUUACAAUAGAACAAGAGGAGUCGAAAUCAAGUUGGGAAAUGGUCUAUGAAAAAAAAUCUAAUUUUAAAACUUGAUGCUUAUUCCGUGUUAUUAAAACUGACUAUUUGUCCAACACCAUAAUGGUGUGCUAAAUGAAAGCUAAAUUGCUAGAUAUGCUUGAAUCAGUGCUUGCUUCAGUAUAUGCUGAUGUACAAUGUCUGUUUCAGGUUCUGAAAAGCUAAAACUCAACUUGCCAAAAUGUGUAAUUUCUUUGUGAUCAUGGCAGUUGAAAGUAUACUCAAAUAACAUUUUAUUAACUCAAUUCCUCACUCAUUUAUCCAGUAUAUGAAGUAUGUGGGGAGUGUUUUGCUUUCUUUUUAAAGGAUAUACAGGAAUUUCUUCUACAGCCCUGGCGAUAACUGGAUUUGGAUAGAGGCCAACUAAUGGAGAAAAAUCUUCUCUGAAGAUUGGCACUUUUUAUCCCCACACUCAGAUAAUUUUUUUCCCCCUUCACAUUGGAUGAUUUUUUAUUUCUCUUUUGAAAAUUCAACUUUUGCCCAAUUUAAAUGUUCUCACCUAUCUUCAAAUUGCCACAACGGGUGUGAAGAGAUAGAAGACCCCACCCUUCCCGUUCCUACACACACAUCCCUUUCAAGAUUUUCAUUCCCACUCUCCCUGGCUCUCACUUCCGACAUUUAGCCCGAAGAUUUUUGUGCCCUCACCAAACAAUUGUUUUUUAUUGAGGAAUAGAAAAGGACUUUUCACCACCGUUUUACUUGUUACAAAGCAGUCUAAGACGAGCACGUUUCUCAGUGACGAAAGCCUCUCUCGCCCUGUUCACUCUUAACUCAUCGGUCAAGUGUUCCUUCAGGACCGUUACAGCUUGGAGACAACCCAGAAGAAGUACACCUGGUGGAGACAUCUUAUCCACUGCAGAGAAACUCCAGAGGGCCUUGUAGCAGCACUUGAAGAGUUCCUGACCAGCAAGAUUAUUCCCUGGCCAUGACCAGCAUGAGCAAUAAGGGAGAUGAUUGCUAUUUCUACUAUUAUUCAACAUGCACUAAGGGUGAUACUUGCCCUUUCCGACAUUGUGAGGCUGCCAUGGGUAAUGAGACUGUCUGCAGUCUUUGGCAGGAGAACCGUUGCUUUCGCAAUGUAUGCAAAUUCCGUCACAUGGAUAUAAAGAAAAACCGCAAAGAAAUCCCUUGUUACUGGGAAAAUCAGCCAGGCGGAUGCCAAAAGUUUCAUUGUGCUUUUCACCAUGAGAAGCCACGUUUCAUUGAUGGCCUUUUUGUUGCCGCAGACAAAGGGCCUGUGGUGAGGAAGGAAAAAGAGGAAGAAACUCCACAGGACGACCAUGUUUUGUCUGCUUCUGCCAACAUUUCCAACACCACCAACCCACAACUCAGAGGGGUCAUCAAGGUAGAGACUCAAGAGAGUGUCCCCAGUCCCACACACCCACCAGUAGUCAUUAAUCCUGUGGACGAUGAGGAUGACGAAGAUGUAGAUCAGUUUUCUGAAGAGGGAGAGGAAGCUUCUGGUGUCUCUCCAAAGAAACUGCUGAGCUCUAGUAAAGAUGAGUCGCUGAAUUUUGGUAUCAAAACACUAGAAGAGAUCAGGUUGGGGAAAGCUCUGAAGGCCAGUCUAAACAGACCAGGCCCUGAUGAGUUCACCUCGACAAAACGGCAUAGCAGCGGAACUGGCACAGAGAAGGAAACCAUUCAAUCUGUCACACAGGCAGCAGUUGUCACUACCAGUGAGUCUCCUGCUUUGGAGGACUCCGGAAAAAGGAAAAUUACUGACAGGCUUGGAAAGAGAUCUGAUGAAGACCUGCUUGUGGAAGGUGGUCUACGGCUGAAAGGGUCCCUUGCUAAGCGUCUUGGUGGAUUUGUUGACUCCACUGAGAAUAAAAUCAGUAUGCCUCCCCAGAAAGUUAAAACUCUGAGACCAGUGCGUGAAAGACUUGGAAUAACUCCUGAUAUCACUGCACCCAAGUCACCAAACAGUGAGCCAAAGUCUUCUGGUGAGAUCCGGAUCAAAACUCUUGAGGAGAUUCGUCAGGAAAAGGCUGCUAAAUCUCAGAUGCAGUGCAAAAGUGUUAGAGUUGAGGUCCCUACAAAUGCAUUAAAUUCCACCAAAAAAGUAAAUAAGCCUGUCACUGCGCCUAGUGUAAAGACUUUCUCAGAGAUCCUGCGUGAGAAGAAACUCCAGGAGACAAAGGUGGUGCCUCAGCAAGGUAGUACUGAGAAAACCGAGGGCCCUGCAAAUGCUGGAGUGAUCAAACUGACUGCCCAAGCAGCAGAGAUCAGAGUGAAGACGCUUGAAGAGAUUCGUAAAGAAAAAGCUGCCAGAAUGCAAGCAAAGACACAGGACACAACAAAUGAUGAUGCACCUAGUUCAAGCGAUGCAGUCCCAAAAAGACGAAUUCUUUGCAUUGGCAAGACUGGAUCUAUCAACAUCAGAUCUCAAAAAGUGCACAGUUCUGAGAAGCCGGAUUGCAUUGAAGAGUCCACUGUAACCAAUGGAAAGAGUGACACCUCCAUUCAGGAUGUAACGGUAAAGAGCUUUGAGGAAAUCAUGCGAGAGAAAAGACUUCGCAAGCAACAGGAGCAGGCUGCAUCUACUGUUGAGCCAGAGCAAGCUGCCCAGAAACCAAUCCCAGUACUUUGUGAAAAGAAGCCUCCUGCUGUCAUCAGACCAGGAAUAACCAACCAAGCAAAUUCGUCCAUACAACAAGGCAUUAGUCAUCAGGCCUCCUCUCCUGUCCCUUCUGUGGUACCCCAGAGGAAGUCUCCAGAGAUGCAGAACAAGGAGAACUCUCUUACCAUAAGUCCUAAGAAAUCCAAGUCAUCCUCUUCAAUGGCACCUCCUGUGCAAGUGUCAGAGAUGGCAGAUUCUUUAGGCCAGCAUUCACAGGAGCCACAUUGGGAGAACACUCAAGCAGUCACCAAGAUGCCCCCAAGCAAAGCAGCUGAAUUAAAAGUGAGGCCAAAACUGAAUGUAAAGCCAUCAGUGAUGAAGCCAGCUGCUCAGGUGAAACCUGGCCCAAAAAGGAAAGCUGCAGGUAUCCAUUGCUCUGCUGUCGCUGCAGUGAAACCUCUUAAUGCUGCCCCUGCUCCUGAUGUUGAACCACCUUGCAAGCGGACUCAGUUGUCUGCACCGUCCUGCAGUUUAGAAGUUGAAGCCAGGGCGCAACAGGUGUCACCUCCUGCUGAGCAGUGCUCACCUGAGCCCCUUUCUGUUCCACAAAGCCCCAUCAUUAAGACUCCCACCCAAACUCGGCCACGUCGGGCAAGUUUGGCUUCUGCACGUGGCACUACUCCUGCAGGAAACUCCUCCACAAUGGACGACUUUGACGACCUGCUGGAUGAAUUUACUGAUGACAGACUGGAGGAUGAGAUUGAACUGGACCCUGGCAAAGGCGAGGAUGACCUCUUGUUGGAGCUUUCUGAGAUGAUUGACAGCUAAGCUUAAUUUCAGGGAAUACUUGUUCUCAUUCACUGAAUUAUGUCAAGCCAUUUGUCCUUUAAAACAUUCUUGACUUGUUGAGCUGAAGCUUUCUUUGUCUUAAACAAACAAACAAACAAAAAAAAAAAACUAUUUUUUGACAUGGAUCAAAGUAUGUUUUAAUUUUCUUUACUCCUGAGUAAAGGUUAGUUCAUUUAGUUUUCUGUUCUAUUUUUGACUAUUUAAAUGUUUUAUAUAUUGCAUUUCUGCAUAUAUUCAGUAAGAUUCACUUCAAUGGCUGUUGUAAAGAUCUUAAAGAAAUUCAUUAAGCCAUUAAAUAAUAAUAUGCUGUUCAAUUGUUAUUUGAUCAUACUGUACAUUUUAUAGCUUGUUUAUGGUAUCUGAUUUGUUGAGUAGUACAAAGAAUGUGCAGCUAAUCAUGUAAUAUUAAUGCAGAAAGUGUUUAUUUGUAUACUGUGUAUGCUUUGGAGAACUAAAUGAUGAUGGAGGGCCAGGAAGGCAAGUGAUGUCUUAAUCAGUGCUCUCAUUCAUGUGAAUUCAUUUCCUAUUUGAAAUUGGAUUUGCUAAAUGUUUAUUGACUGUGGAUGGAUUAUAUUCUUUUAAUGAAAUGUUUUGUGUGUCUUGAGUUUAUGAAUGGAUGGUAUAGAUUUGUUUUCAGGAUUUGGACAUUUGUCAGACCUACUAUAUCUUGUUGCACGUAUUUUGCUCUAGAUUAGGCUUAUGUUUGAACCAUUAUCCAUAUUUCCUGUCCAGGUAAUUGAUGAGAAAUUGUGUUCCCCUUUCAGUCUCUUGAUGUAAAUGUUUUUACUGUUUGUAAAGGUUCUCAGGGACUAUUUUAGCUUUCCAAAUAUUUUUACCUGUAGUGGAUUUAAGUACUUAUUCAGACAGAGGUCCUUGUCUCUGUACUGUUAGUAGUUAACUACUUGACCUCAAGAUGACUGUUUUAACCUAGGUUUUCAAACAGGAUAAUAUAUUUGACAUCUACAUCAUGGCUGGUUUAAUUGCAGCUUUGUUUAACAAAUGGAUAUAGCUUUAUUAAAACAUUUUUAUAAUUAA